AUGACCAGAUGCUGCGUUCAGCUCCCCUGUGCCCAGUCCAAAGCUUGGCGCCAAGGUUCCUCAGCUGGGACGCUGCACUCCCAGCUCCAAAACCAGUCACUGCCUCCCGGGGACUUCUCCUUCUACCAGCCGCGUGGCCGUGCCGCCCAUGCGGACCGGCUGGACCCCCUCCCGGGGAUAGCCAGCCGGAGCAGCGAUAAGGAUGGUGACUCUGUCCACACAGCCAGUGAUGUCCCACUGACCCCACGGACCAACUCUCCAGAUGGGAGACGCUCGUCUUCAGACACCUCCAAAUCCACAUACAGCCUGACUCGAAGGAUUUCCAGUCUCGAGUCAAGACGACCCAGCUCCCCACUGAUCGAUAUUAAGCCCAUUGAGUUUGGUGUUCUCAGUGCCAAGAAAGAGCCUAUCCAGCCUUCAGUGCUGAGACGGACCCACACCCCCGAUGACUACUUCCGGAAGUUUGAGCCCCGGCUGUACUCACUUGACUCCAGCAGUGACGACGUGGACUCUCUGACAGACGAGGAGAUCCUGUCCAAGUACCAGCUGGGCAUGCUACACUUCAGCACCCAGUACGACUUGCUGCACAACCACCUGAUAGUGAGGGUGAUCGAGGCCAAGGACCUGCCACCCCCCAUUUCCUACGAUGGCUCACGCCAGGACAUGGCCCACUCGAACCCCUACGUCAAGAUCUGUCUCCUGCCAGACCAGAAGAACUCUAAGCAGACAGGGGUCAAGCGCAAGACCCAGAAGCCGGUGUUUGAGGAGCGCUACACCUUCGAGAUCCCCUUCCUCGAAGCUCAGAGGAGGACCCUGCUCUUAACCGUGGUGGAUUUUGAUAAGUUCUCACGCCACUGUGUCAUUGGGAAAGUUUCCGUGCCUUUGUGUGAGGUUGACCUGGUGAAAGGCGGGCACUGGUGGAAGGCGCUGAUUCCCAGUUCUCAGGUAAGCAGGCGGUUUUUGGCGGCUCCUCCUGGGAACUUUGAAAAAGAUUAAUUUUAUUUUAUUAAAAUUUUUUUUCUAUGUUUUUAAAACUUUUUAUUUUGAAAUAAUUUUAGACUCACAGGAAGUUGCAAAAAUAGUAGAGAUUCUACGUACUCUUCAUCCAGCUUCCCCCAGUGUAACAUCAUACACAACCGUAGUAUAUUAUCAACACCAGGAAAUUGAUACAAUGCUAUUAACUAAAUUACAGAUCUUACUCAGAUGUCACCAAUGUUUACAUGCACCACACUUUCCUUCCUUUCUUGCUUCCUCCCUCCCUUUCUUCCUUUUUUUGUUUUUUUGGUGUGUAGCACUAUGAAGUUGUAUCACAUGUAUAGCUUUGUAUAACCACCACCACACUGGGAGCUUUUGUGAUUGAUGCUGGGCUAUUUAAUAAGAAGAAUGAUUGUCUGUGGUAUGAAGCUAUCAGUCAUUUUGACUUCCAGAAAUUGUUUUGAGAAAAAAAAUGAGGAAUAGAGAACAGAUUGAUAUAUGGAUGUUUUCCAGGCGAAUUGU